AUGGAAAAGGGCCGAGUGGUUGUCUUGGACAAUGGAGGAGCCACGUGCAAGAUAGGCUUCGGAGGGGAGGCGGAACCGGUGAAGGUCAUACCUAACUUCGUGGCUAAAGCCAAGAGCCUGAAACGGCCUUUUGUUGCUGACCUAGUCGACACGUGUCCAGACAUCAAGGGUUUGGGCGUGCUGAGGCCCGUUGACCGGGGCUACGUGGUCAACUGGGACCUACAGCGAACCAUCUGGGACCGAGCCUUCUCCGGUAUUCUCAAGGUACAACCGUCCAGCACGUCCCUAUUGGUAUCAGAGCCGCUCUUCAGCCUGCCGGGCAUCCAGCGCAGCAUGGCGGAACUCGCCUUCGAGCACUUUGCCUUCCGCUCCUACCUCCCCGUUCCCUCCCCCAUGCUUGCAUACCGCCAUGAGUCAUCGGUGCUCCGUGACUCACCACCAGCACCACCAAUGCCAUCAUUACUUGCCACGUCAUCAGCCGUUGCUGCCAGCUCAGCAAUGGCGCUGGAGGCGGGCUGUGGCGUGGUGGUGGAUGCUGGCUUCUCCUUCACGCAUGCCGUGCCAAUUUGGAACAACAGACCGCUGCUGCAGGCUGUCAGGCGCAUGAACGUGGGCGGCAAGGCACUGACGAAUGUGUUGAAGGAGGCGGUGUCGUACCGCGCAUGGAACAUGAUGGACGAGACACUCAUCAUGGACCAUGCCAAGGAGCAACUGUGCUUCGUCUCGCUCUUCCCCACGCGCCACCUCCCGUUAGCCAGGAAACGGGAUGUCAGCAACAUAUUCCGGGCAGAGUACUUGCUGCCCGACGGGGUCACUCUUCUGCGCGGGCAGGUGAAAGACCGCACAGCAGCGAUGCAGGCAGUGAAGGCCCAGGAGGACCUGUGGGAGCAACAUAUGGCUGAGGAGGUGGAGGAGGUUGAGGAGGCAAGGGGAACGAGAGGGAGGAAACGAGGUGGGGCUUUGCUAGAGGGUAGGACGAGGCGAGGGAGCGAUGGGGUGGGUAGCGGGGAGGAAGACAGGGAGAUGGGGAGGAAGAGAGAGAGAAGCGGGUGGGAAGGGGAGCGGGGGGAUGAGGAGGGAGGACGGAGGCAGCAGCAAGGUGGCAGGGGUGGGGGUGGUGGGGUUGCUGGUGGGGAUGAUGAUGAUGAGGAAGACGAGGAGGACGAUGAGGACUGGGAUGAGAAAAAAGGGCGAGGCAAGGCCAAAGGUGGUGCUACUGCUGCCGGUAGUGGUGGUGGUAACAGUGGUGGUGCUGGUGCUGCCGGUAGUGGUGGUGGUAACAGUGGUGGUGCUGGUGGAGGGGCGUGUGUUGUGAUGCCGCCACCAGCCAACAUCAGAGGUGCUGCUGGUGGUGGUGGUCCGGGCAGCAGAACUGGAGGAAGCAGCAGCGAGCAGCCGGGGGCUCUUCCACUUCCUUUGACGCGCCUCAACUCCCUUCCCCCUGCUGGUUUUCCUGCUUUCUUCCUGCUUGCCCAUCACCAGGAGCUAUCACUGGCAUCGGAACGCUUUAUGGUGCCAGAGGGCCUCUUCCAUCCCUCCGACCUGGGAAUGGGCCAGGCAGGGCUGGCAGACACCAUGGUGGCGGCUGUGAGCGCUGCUCCUCGAGUCAUCCACCCCCUGCUUCCCUCCACCCCGUCUGCCCCCCUCUUGCUGCCAGGUGUCAGCCAGGCAGGCCUCGCAGAGUCAAUAGUGGCGGCUGUGACUGCUGCUCCUCGAGUCAUCCACCCUCUGCUCUACUCAAACAUUGUACUGGUGGGCGGCAGCUGUCAGUUCCCAUUCUUCAAAGAGCGGCUGGCAUUGGAGUUGCGACCCCUUGUGCCCGACUCACUACCCAUUAACAUCUCUCUCUCCCAAAGUCCCGUUCCAUCAACUCGGGGGUAUGUUGCAUACCCGUUCCCUGCAGAUUCGCAUGCAAGGUGCAUGAUCCCCUGA